AUGGCGCCUCCAUCAGCAAUGUUCACCGAGCCCUCGGCUCCCAUCGACAGUACUCCAUUGAAGUCCGGCUUCGAUGUCAAGACAGUUCCCGUCGGCACCUCGAAGACCCAGACUCUCGAUGAUCUGGCCGAUAAGUGGGAGCAGGGCUUCAAGUUCACUCCCAUCCGCGAAUCACAAGUCUCCCGUGCGAUGACCCGUCGCUACUUCAAUGAUCUCGAUACCUACGCCGAGUCCGACAUUGUGAUUGUAGGUGCUGGAUCUUGCGGUCUCAGCACAGCCUACAUGCUCGGCAAGGCUCGUCCAGACCUCAAGAUCGCUAUCAUUGAAGCCUCCGUAUCUCCAGGAGGUGGAGCUUGGCUCGGGGGUCAGCUAUUCAGCGCGAUGGUUAUGCGCAAGCCUGCAGAUGCUUUCCUGACUGACCUCGGUGUGCCGUUCGAGGAUGAAGGAGACUUUGUUGUUGUGAAGCACGCAGCCCUCUUUACCUCCACCCUUCUCUCUCGCGUCCUCUCCUUCCCAAACAUCAAGCUCUUUAACGCCACCGCCGUCGAGGACCUAAUCACUCGUGCCUCCCCGGACGGUACUCUCCGUAUCGCUGGCGUUGUCACAAAUUGGACUCUCGUCACUAUGCACCACGACGACCAGUCUUGCAUGGACCCAAAUACCAUCAACGCUCCAUUGGUGAUCUCCACCACCGGGCACGACGGCCCCUUCGGUGCUUUCUGCGUCAAGCGCCUAGUUUCCAUGCAGCAGAUCGAGAAGCUGGGCGGCAUGCGCGGCUUGGACAUGAACACCGCUGAAGAUGCGAUUGUCAAGCGUACUCGUGAGAUUGUGCCAGGCCUGAUUGUUGGGGGUAUGGAGCUGAGUGAGGUUGAUGGGGCUAAUCGGAUGGGACCUACCUUUGGUGCUAUGGCUCUUUCGGGCGUCAAGGCUGCUGAAGAGGCUCUGAAGGUUUUCGAAGAGAGAAAGCUCCAGAAUGCCUACUGA